AUGAUACCAGUUUCAAUUUGUUUUGCAGCUGUUAUGAUAUUGACAAAUGUUGGUAUUCAAAAAAUUCCAGUUGAUUACCAUGUUGUUUUUAAAUCAACAAAUAUUAUAUGGGUGGUUUUAUUUUCAAUUUUAAUCAAUAAAGAAAAACCAUCAAUUUAUGAAUAUGUUUCAAUUGGACUUUUAAUGGCAGGUACAAUAUUGGUAUCUUUAGCAUUUGCAGAUCAAUCUGUUGAUUCUUGGGUUCCAAUAGUUAUUAAUUUAUUAGGAUCAUUUGCUGAAAGUUUAUCAAUUGUAGUUUUAAAAUGGACAUUAGUUCAAGGAUCAAUAGGAAUUUUUAUACCAAUGUUAAUUGUUGAAGGUGUUAAAGGAUUUAAAGUUUUAUCAUCAGUUUCUCAACAUCAAAUUUGGUUAUUAGUUGCUGGUAUUUUUGUUACUAUGGUUUUCCAGACUUGUACCGUUUGGUUAAGUAAGAGUAUGUACUCUACUACCGUUGGUGUAAUUAGUCAACUUCAAAUUAUUCCGCAAACCAUUAUAAAUAUAAUAGCAGGUAUUUUAAUUGUUACAUCUUUACGUAUUGUUGGUGUUAUAUUAACUGUACUUGGUUGUACAUUGUUUUCAAUGUUUCAUUUUUCAAAAAUUUAUCCAAUUUCAAAUUGUUUACCAAAAGGAAGAACUUGUUUAUGGUUUAAAAAUAAUAAUGUUUAA